AUGUCUUCAGCUAUUGCUUCCCAGUCCGUUCCGGCUCCUUCAAACCCGUCACCACCCAGAGCUGGCAGGCCAUCCCAUCCUCGACCUACUACGUACACUGGAUUAUCCCCUACUGUUCACACGACUGUGGAGUCAUCUCCUGUUAAUCCUUCGCAGUUAUCACAUGGGUAUUCGGGUUCUGUAAGUCCAGGAGGCCCACCAAUCCCCCCACCACCGAGAACAAGCAGUCAGCGUCAGGGGCCGGCUGUGACCUCACCUCCAGCUGCUUCUCAGGUCCCCGCAUCAACCGAGAGGAGUAAGUCUUCUAGUGGUCGUACGCGCGGUCAAAGCACAGAUGGCCGAGAACGAGAGAAAACGGAUAGAGAUAGGGAGAGAGAUCGUCGACGUGCCGAGGAGAACAAACCGCGACGCGACCAACCUCCUUCUGCUGCCACGGUCGGCAGGUCCAAUUCCACCCGUGAUUCUUCGCGGAAUGUAGCCGGUAGCAGCAGCGGUAGCCAACAGCCUGUGGACAGAUCUCCUAGCACAAGGAGACGCCAAGAUGCGGUUGAUGGGGCCGGUGCCAGCACCAGCGGCCAGAGCAGGAGCAGAAGGGAACAGAGUGGUAAUGGUGGCUUAGCAGUUGUUAAUCCGGAUGGUAAUGGGACACGUCCUGCGGGCACUAGGAAGGAAACCAGGUUUGGUGAAUAUAUAUUGGGCCAGACACUCGGUGAAGGAGAGUUCGGCAAAGUCAAACUCGGAUGGAGAAGAGAUGGGGGUGUACAGGUUGCUAUCAAACUCAUUCGUCGCGAUUCCCUUUCGCCGCACCCAAAUAGGUUAUCUAAAAUCCACCGCGAAAUUUCCAUUCUGCGUACUCUAUCUCACCCUAACAUUGUCCGACUCCACGAGAUGGUUGAGACAGAUCGCCAUAUUGGUAUUAUUCUUGAGUAUGCCUCUGGCGGUGAACUAUUCGACUACAUCCUCAAUCACCGUUUCCUUAAAGACCCCCCUGCUUGUCGCUUGUUUGCGCAGCUUGUCUCUGGUGUUGGGUACUUGCAUAAGAAAGGGAUUGUCCAUCGCGAUUUGAAAUUGGAAAAUCUGCUUUUAGAUAGGAAUCGGAACAUCAUCAUUACUGAUUUCGGCUUUGCCAAUGUUUUUGAUCCUAGGGAUGAGCUUGGCGAUUUAAUGGCGACAAGUUGCGGAAGCCCUUGCUACGCUGCCCCUGAGUUGGUCGUUAGUGACGGUCUAUAUACCGGUAGAAAAGUUGACGUGUGGUCAUGCGGUGUUAUUUUGUAUGCAAUGCUCGCGGGAUAUCUUCCUUUCGACGAUGACCCGGCCAAUCCCGAGGGUGAUAACAUCAAUCUACUUUACAAGUACAUCGUAUCAACACCAUUGACGUUCCCGGAAUAUGUUAGCCCUCAUGCUAGAGAUCUGCUAAGACGAAUGCUUGUGCCGGAACCGAGGAAAAGGGCUGAUCUUUUCGAGGUUGCUCGUCACAGCUGGCUUAGCCCAUUUGCUAAUGUUGUGAGCCUGAUAACUAGCUCUACUACAGGAGUUAAGGAGGUCGAGCAUGUGACAAUUAACGAACCUACUUUAGAUGGGCCAUCUCUCGUGCGCUCCGCCUCCGUUCGCGAACCUUCAUCGACAAAUAGCCACCCGCACCCAACAUCUCUCGGUGGGCUUGGCCCAAGGCACCACGCUCACGAAAAUGUGCCUCAGGCCGCCCAAUCUAAGCCGGUAUCGGAUGCGAAGAGACGUACAGUGCAGGUUGAGUAUGUUGAGCCAAGAUCACAGACUAAGAGAGGAUCUGCCGCCGAUCCUGAUCAGGGGGCCAGUUCCGAGGAUGCCGCACCAGCACCUUUCGUCCCCACUAACAAGCAUAACGAUGGGGUCACGAGGGCCGCCACAACUGCCGGUAUACCCUCUAGACACCAGCGCACUAUGUCUUCCGACCAACAGCAGAAGCCACGGGAUCAACUAGCGCAACCGUCGGGAAGCAGUGCUCAGCCGCCGCGAACAAGACCUUCGAGCUCGCACCCACAGGCCCCAGCCAGGGCCGCAACCACUGCUGGAGAUGGUGCGGGUUCAGGGCCCCCAUCAAGGAGGCCGAGCAGGGAUAGGCCUGGGCCACAAUUUAAUGGAAAGGUCUUCACUCCUGCUGAACAGACCAGUUCCAAUUCGGCAAGGCCGAAUACAGCAAAUUCAAUCAAUUCUAAUCGGUUACCUUCACGGGGUAUUUAUUCCAGGCCCGUUGCGCCCAGUUUGGCUGCUAAUAAUGCUCAAGGGAGGAUAGCGAUGCCCAAGGCGCCUAAACCCUAUACUAUCAGCAACCCGAUUCCACAGCCCGACAAUAGCGAUGCGAUCGGAGCGCCGGCGAGUGCGGGCGAGAUGGGAAAGCCAAGUACUACAGUAUUGCCUACGAAAUACUCUGGCAGACCGUCUCCGCCCGCCGAACAGUCAGCAAAGGGGCACAAGCGUGCAAACACUAUUGGCUCCGGCGGAGCGAGUAGGUUUUUGGGUGGACUUAUGGGUAGUUCUAGUUCCCAAGACAACACUUCUCGACCUACAAUGACUGGUGCGGGUGAGCCAAGGCCAUCGGUGGAUCAGGGUGGGCGCUCAAAAUACGAAAAGACGAAGGAAGGCAAAGUCAGAAGGUUUAGUCUUCUUCCUACAAGCUUCUCCCUCAGGAGUAUUUCUGGCAGUGGAUCCGAAGGCAAGCAUGAACGUCGACCUUCCAGAAGCGCAUCCGGGCUCCGGGUUGGCCAAUUUAUCAACUCGAAAUCCCAGCCACAGACCUCAUCGCAUCCUCAACUCAGCGCACCAAAUGCCGGUGAAGGUGGAUCAGUCCGCACUGGUUCAGACACAUCGCUGGCAGUAGGAGGCUCCGCCCCUGCUUCGGCAGCUGGUGGUAACUAUGCUCGAGAGAGUAUUGACCUUGGGGCUGGAAACGCUAAUGCUGCCCGACGACCUGCCGUUCUUCAGAAGAAUAGGAAGUUCACCGAAGGUGAUGCGGGCGGAACCGGUGGCAGCAGCGGCCCGGCAAGAAGGGUCAUGGAUUUCUUCAGGCGAAGGGGUGUUGCAAGGAGUAGCAAGGGGGACGCCUGAAAGGUAAUAUGCGGGAGGUUUGAUCCCGAGUUUCAAGCGUUUGCUCACGUGCUUUGGCAAGUAUGGUUAAAGAAGCUCCUGCUUUCCCGACGGCAUGCGAUUUACUCGGGGUAACUGGAGAAUCCGGGGGGAGGGAGAAGAGCAUUGAUUUCUUUUUUUUUUGUUUACAAAAAGCCCACGAAAUGGAUAUUUUCAUUGCGUGGCAUAAAAGCGAGGAGCGUUGAGGGCAGAAGGGGGGGUGGGGCGGACGACCGAGAAGGUGAUUGCUCCAUUCUCCCUCAUAAUACAGGGCGGUUCCAUGUUUCGUUUCUUUUAAAGUUUUCUUCUCUUCAGUGGUGGGGCGGUAGUCCAAGAGAGAAUCUUCUAUUUAGAAGCGCGUUUCUUCCCCCUUUUUAAUCUUAGCUUUUCUGUUUUAUUAGUGAUUGCAAUUCUUCCUUUGUAUGUGUGCAACGCGCGUGUGGCAUUCUCUCUUCUAUGAAGCCUGUGGUUUUUUCUUUUCCUUUCCUUUCUUCAUUGCCACUUUUUCUCAUUCAGCACGCGGGAGAAUCUUUGAGGAUAAAGUUGGGGAUACCUUAUUGCUUUUGUGUAGUUUCUCUUCUUGUUUCUGUAUUUGAUUCCCGAGCAUUAUUCUCAUUACGGGGCCUGUUCUGUUAUUUCUGAUCCUUGUUAUUGCCGCCAUUUCCAUCUUUUUUUCUUCCACAAUUGUCUGGGUGUUUUUUUUUUCCCCUUGUUCUUUGUUCUAUUCUAUCUCCUUUCUCCCUUUCUUUCAAUUUCCGGGGUCUUAAUUUUUUUUCUUCCUUUUUUUCA